AUCCAAAGUAGAGCCAGAGGUCAGCCCCUGUUCCACACUGGGGUGAGCUCAGGUGACGUCAGGGCACUUAUUUAUUAAACUAUUUUGAAUUCCAUUUUGAUUUGACAUUUUUGCAAAACUGUGGAUUAUAUUUGGUGAAACAGGAUUUUACGGAUACCUUUCCAAAGCUAUGGUGGCUUACGAUGAACUUGGAACGUUGGUGCCUGUCAAACGCACAUUGCAAGUGAUAGACUGCCAGAGCCAAGCCAGCAAAGAACUAGAGGAACCCAGUACCAAGCGCGUCCGACCGCUCGGCAGGGUGACGUCGCUCGCUAACCUCAUUUCUCCCAAGAAUGGGGCCGUCCGGCGAUUCGGCCAAACCAUCCAGGCCUCUUUUCGGGGCGAUGGGAAGUCGCCGGCCGCGCCCCAUAAAACCUGCUCCAAGGCCACAGCCCCCACCCCUCCCAAACGCAGGAACAGCAUCCUCUGGUCUGAAAACCUGGACCUGCACCAGAAAGGAACGAUGUCGGUCAAGGAGAUCAAGAGACAAGAGGCCAUAUUUGAGCUCUCACGCGGAGAACACGACCUGAUUGAGGAUCUGCAGCUCGCACGAAAGGCAUAUCACGACCCUAUGCUGAAACUCUCCAUUAUGUCUGAAGAGGAGCUGACUCAGAUUUUUGGAAACUUGGAUGCAUUUAUCCCACUUCAUGAAGACCUCCUGCAGCAGCUAUCCAAAGCCACAGCCGAGGACGGGACCGUGGGACAGAUUGGGCAGAUAGUCGUCAGCUGGCUGCCCAGGCUGAAUGCUUACAGAGACUACUGCAGUAACCAGUUAGCAGCUAAAGCUCUUUUGGACCAGAAGAAGCAGGAUCCUCGAGUGCAGGACUUUUUACAGAGAUGUUUAGAGUCUCCCUUCAGCAGAAAACUAGAUCUCUGGAGUUUUCUGGACAUACCGCGAUCUCGUCUGGUCAAAUACCCCCUGCUCCUCAAACAGAUACUGAGACAUACACCACCAGAGCACCCCGAUACGGCCAGUCUGGAGCAAGCUAUAAGUUUAAUCCAAGACGUUCUGGCUGAUAUCGAUUUGAAGAAGGGAGAGUCUGAGUGCCAGUACUACAUCGACAAAUUGGAGUAUUUAGACGAGAGGCAGAGGGACUCAAGGAUUGAACAGUGUAAAAGUCUACUGUGCCAUGGUGAACUGCGCAGCAAGAGCGGAACGAAGUUGCACGUGUUCUUGUUCACGGAGGUUCUGGUUCUGACCCGGUCUGUGAGCAGAAAUGAGCGCCAGUGCUUCCAGGUUUACAGACAGCCCAUCCCAGUGCAGGACCUAGUGCUAGAAGACCUCCAAGAUGGAGAUGUGAGGAUGGGAGGGUCCUUCAGAGGGGCCUUCAGUAACGCAGACAGAGCGAAGAAUAUUUUCCGAGUGCGUUCCCAAGACCCCACACAGACCCACUCCUCACAUACACUCCAAGUCAACGACAUCUUCCACAAGCAGCAAUGGCUCAACUGCCUCAGAUCAGCCAUCGCAACCUUCCGCCCAGACUCCUCCCCCUCCUCCCCCAGCUCCUCCUCCUCACUUCGCCGUAGACCCUCCUCCAUCUCCGCUAUAGUCCACAUGGAAGAGGCGUCAGACGAAAAUACCCCACAAGUCUCGCAAUCUGCCCCCAACUCUCCCUGUUCUGUCCCUCUCACCCCACAACCCCUCAGGCGCUCGCUGCCCUCCUGCUCAAGCACAGCGUCGCUCCUAAAAUCCAAAAAGGACAAGAAAUACAUCUAUUCUUUGGGAAAACGGAAAGAGACUAUGGUUUGAGUUGGAACGUUUUGGACAUUUUGUAAAUAUGAGGAAAAUCCAGGACUAUAUUUAUGUCUGUGUAUUAUUUUACAGUGUUCCAUGUUACUGUCCACUACUUGGCAGCUACUACAAUGUAUGUACCCUCCAUUUUGAAUGGGACUGCUCCCAUAGAGACUUAAGACUAUCAGGAAGCACCGCGUUUGAAUUACAUUGUUUACUCCUAACAUAAUAUUUAAGCAUUAUUUUAGUUAUUUGUGGGGUUAAUUUAGCAUUUUUGUAUUUUGUAAGUGUAGAGUUUUUGUAGCAGUACUGUUGAUGACAUUGACAUGGUUGCAACAUGGAGAUUUGGGUGUCUAAAUAUGAUUGGUUGGCCAUAGUUUAUAUAUUAGUUUAAACAAAAUCAAAUUGAUGGAAUUUUUUUACUAUUAAGAAUAUCGGUUUAAACUUCAACUAGAAGACCUCUCAAAAUGUUUUAAAUACUUCUAGUUAGCAUAUUAGGAUAGCAACAUGGGCUAAGCUUUGCACUAGCAUUGCUCAUUGAAUGUCAACUAUGCUACAGCUAAUAUUUUUGGCUUUAAAUUUUCAUAAUGGGACGUAUGUCUUGAUUGAUGUCAUGUCCAUCAAAAGAUAGUCCCUCCCACUUUGCCUAAACAACCAAUCAUAUUUAAGCAUUUGGCCCAGACAUUUUAGCACUAACCAAUGCAGAGACAGUUUAUCCAGACAGCUAGGUCUUAUUUUUAUACAUUCCUUUAUGACAAAUAUAAGCCAAUAUUUUAUGUUAUGACAAAAAUCACGCAACCCUAAAAUUAAUAUUUGGGUUUUCGAAUCAGGUCUGAAGUUUUGUUUUAAAACUUUGAAAAUGUAUACACUCUGAGCCAUGUUGAUUAAAAAAAAAUCAGGACUUAUUUGGAGCAUUUUUCAGUGUAACAUCUUGCAUAGGGGUUUAGCUACAGCUUUUCAAAGCAGUUAUUAUGUGUAGGAUUGGAUUGUGUUGGAAAAAGUACGUUGUUUUGAUGGAUUUAGAGAGAAGAUGGAAUAGAUUGUUUUGGUUUUGGUAUUAAAGUUUAAAAUGGAUGUGCAAAAAUUUUCUUUUUGCAGAUGAAAUGUUGGAAAUAGAUUUGAACUGAAUGUUUAUCUAAGUAGGGGAAGGCAGACGAUUUAGAAGGAUUUGUGAAUGUAACAAACUAUUGAUGGCAUGGGAACUAAAGCAAAUGGCAGAAUGUGUGUAACUGAACACAAUAAACAUGUAAGAUUGCAUUGAAAAUUCUGGUUUGAACUCAUCUUUUUCUCAAUUCAAAAAGAGCCUAUGACAUAGAUGUACCUAAAACAUAAGGAAACAUCAUUAAAUUGAAAUUUUU